AUGGCCCUGAGGAAAAUUGUAAGAGAUAACGACCCAGACUUUCUCUGCCUGGACGAACUGAUGAUUGAUGUGAACAAGUGCCCAACUCGUUACUUCAGAAAAUUGGGCUUUGAAGUAGACGUCAUCUGCAAUACCAGAAGAGAAAAUAUUCCAAAUCUAUGGCUGCUCUGGAAGCGAGGUAUUCCUAAACCUUCAAUUUUUUCUAGUUCUGAUCAGCAAAUUUCAGUUCAUAAGCUAAAAAGGCUGAGGCCGAUCAUUAAAACCUGGGCUAGGGAAAAUUUUCCAAACUUUGAGAUUGAACUGGUCAGAACGAGAGAGGCUUUGGACCAGAUACAAGCUCAAAUUGAGUUGCAGGGAAUGGACGACUCCCUCUUUGGGCAAGAAGCCGAUGCAAAAUCUGCCUAUUUGGUUGCCAUGAAAAAUCAUGAAAAAUUAUGGGCUGAAAAGUCAAGGAUUAGAUGGCUGAAGGAGGGAGAUCGUAACUCCAAGUUUUUUCACCUCUACACAAAAGUUAAGAGAGCCAAAAACACUAUUCGAAGAGUCAAAAAAAUUGAUGAGUCUAUAAUUUCUGACAGAGGUGAUUUAGCUUGCUACAUGUCCAAAUUCUAUGAAGAUUUUCAGAAGAGAGUUCUAGUGACAGAUCAUCUAGAUUUGCUCGAUGCUAUCCCAAGGCUUAUUGAUGAGGUGAAUCUUCUAUCUCUAGAUUUGAUCCCAGGUCCAAAUGAGAUAAAGCGUGCAGUGUGGGAUCUGGAUCCUGACAGUUCACCAGGUCCAUAUGUGUCACACUCCGUUCUCACUGAACCGGGCCAGUGA